AUGGACAGCCCCAGCAAUGCCACCAUACCCUGCGGCUUUCUCCUCCAGGGCUUCUCCGAGUUCCCACACCUGAGGCCUGCUCUCUUCCUGCUGCUGCUGGGCGUGCACCUGGCCACGCUGGGCGGGAACCUGCUCAUCCUGCUGGCCGUGAUCUCGGCUGCUAACCCGCCGCCCAUGCUGCUCUUCCUGUGCCAGCUGGCCGCCAUCGAGUUCUGCUACUCCCUGGUGGUGGUGCCCCGCUCCCUGGCAGACCUGGCGGGCCCGCUGCGGCUCAAGGGCAGCCCCAUCUCCUAUCUGGGCUGCGCUGUCCAGAUGCAGAUGUUCGUGGCCCUGGGAGGGACCGAGUGUUUCUUGCUAGCCGCGAUGGCCUAUGACCGCUACGUGGCCAUCUGCCACCCCCUGCGCUACCCGGCCCUGGUGACCCCGGGGCUGUGUGGACGCCUGGCACUGGCCUGCUGCCUCGGGGGCCUGGCCGUGUCGGUGGGGCUCACUGUGGCAGUAUUCCACCUGCCCUUCUGCGGCUCCUGCAUGCUGGUGCAUUUCUUCUGCGACAUCACCGCGCUCUUGCACCUGGCCUGCACGCGCAGCUACGUGGACGAGCUGCCCCUGCUGGGAGCCUGCGUGGUGCUGCUGCUGCUGCCCUCGGCGCUCAUCCUCACCUCCUACGGGGCCAUCGCCUCGGCCCUGCGCCGCCUGCACUCCCCCGAGGGCCGCAGCAAGGCCGCCUCCACCUGCGCCUCGCACCUGGCGGUCACCUUCCUGCACUACGGCUGCGCCACCUACAUGUACGUGCGCCCCAAGGCCACCUACACCCCGCAGCGGGAUCGCAUCCUGGCUCUCGUCUACACCAACGUCACGCCUCUGCUCUACCCGCUCAUCUACAGCCUGCGCAACCGCGAGAUCACCUCCGCCAUCGGCAGGGUGCUGGGGCGCUGGCGGGGGUCUGGGUGA